AGGAUUUCCCUCUUCUUCCUUUCUUUACGGCCCUUCCCUCCUCCUCGUGGUGGAGCCUCGAGCCAUGCGGAUUCUCCAGCUGCUCUUUGCAGUCAUUUUGGUUCUCCUCCUCCAGGGCGYUCCGGCCAGGGCCCUUUCAGACACCCAGCAGUGCAGAAGCUCCCGUGGCCACUGCCGGAGGCUUUGCUUCCACAUGGAGCGCUGGGAAGGGAGCUGCAGCAACGGCCGCCUGCGCUGCUGCCGGUGACAGUGACCACACCAGGGUGGUGUGACAGCCCCAGGAGAGCCAGCCCAGUGACCUGCAGCCAGAAAYGUACAUAGGAUCUGCCCCUGGACACCUCCAUGACUCUGCUCGUAGCUCCGUUUGUCCGUCACCAAUAAACCUGUCGGAUUUCUAUGUCC